ACACCUUUUACCAUUAAUAAGAAGUUGCCACGUGGCAAGUUUGUUUUAGGGUUCUUUCCCCGUCUCCGACCAAGAAAGAGAGAGAAGAGAAAAUGUAUGGAUCAACGUCGGGCAAUUUCAAAGGUGGUGGUGGCUACGCGGACAUCGAGACGGGAUACGAGCCCAGCGGAGCGCUCUACCCGGGCAUCGAUUACAGCGACAACGUCCUGCGAUGGGGUUUCAUCCGCAAAGUCUAUGGAAUCCUGAGCACCCAGAUCGUUCUCACAGCUCUCGUCGCGGCGGUGAUCGUCUUCUCGCAGCCCGUCGCGGAUUUCUUCGCGCACAACACACUGCUCCUCGUCCUCCUCGCGCUCCUGCCUCUGAUACUGCUAUGCCCGCUCUACAACUAUCAGCACCACCAUCCGCUCAACUUGGUUCUUCUCAGCCUCUUCACGGUCUUCUUGAGCCUCUCCGUCGGGACUUCCUGCGCCUUCAUCCGAGGAGACGUCCUGCUCGAGGCCCUCAUUCUCACUGCUACAGUAGCACUAGCUCUGACAGCGUACACCUUCUGGGCAGUAAAGCAAGGCCACGACUUCAGCUUCCUCAGACCAUAUCUCUUCGUAUCGCUUGUAGUCCUCGUGCUCUGGGGGAUAAUCCAGGUGUGUGCAUAUCGGACAUCCCAGCUAAUCCUCUCCUGUUUUUGUGGCUUCCAGAUCUUCUUUCCUCUGGGACCAGUCUCGGGGACCAUCUUUGCUGCAAUAACCACCGUCAUCUUCAGUGCAUAUAUAAUCUACGAUACCGAGAACUUGAUCAGAAGGUUCACUUUCGAUGAGUAUAUCUGGGCUUCGGUGUCCCUGUACUUGGACAUAUUGAACCUUUUCUUAGCACUGCUAAAUCUUUUGCGGGGCCUCCAGUCGAAUAACUGAAACCUCUAUACAAUUGCCUGAAAAAAUUUGUUACAGAAGAAUAGAAAACAAGACUCCGAAACUGAGAAAAAAAAGAAAAAAACUAGAAGAGAACGGCGAUUAUUGUAACGGGAAAAAGAAUCCCUUACCCACUGGCUUCUGAUGUUAAUGUACACUUACCUGUUCACC